UGUCAAAGGCUGCAGGUAGAAAGGUUUGGCAGGCUGUCCAGGCAGCAGUGGUCAGACGACAACAUGGCAGCAGCCCUUCUGACUGGCAUCGCAGAGCCACUCGAUAAAUCCGUGGUUUAGUUCCGUUCACUGUCAGCUAGGUAACGUCCGUAAGCUAGCGGUGGUCUGCUGCAGGGAAACGGAAAUCGGGUACAGGCAAUGGAGAGGUGAAGAAAGCCCGUGCUGAUGAAUCCAGAGCUGUGCUGGUGUCAAAGGUGGAUUCAGAGCAACGUGUUGAGGUGGUGCAGCUAUACAAGCUUCAAAUGCCAGAAGAUCUGUUCCACUUUUGGGAUUUCUGCAAGGACCUUUCUCCUGACAACCCCCGUGGUGUGCUGAAAGACUCACUGGGUUUACAGCUAGUUGGACCUUUCGACAUUCUGGCAGGAGCUCACAAAAACUCAAAGAUUCCUCAGCCUAACUUCCACCUUCACUGGAGGUAUUUUUAUGACCCACCAGAGUUUCAAACCAUCCUGCAGGGGAGUGAGGACAGCCAGCAUCACAUUGGCUACUACAGAGAUACUCCAGACUCCCUCCCUUCAUUUGUUGGGGGAAAUGAAGCUAAGAAGGGCUGCACUAUAACACAGAUGGGGGACAACUUGUUUGCUGCAGUCCUUCUGUACCUGUUGAGGAAGCGGAAAGAAAGGGGCAGUAAGAAAGGAGGGGGAGACGCUUUGAAAAGCUUAGAGGCAAAGCUAAGAGACAGGGCAGAGACUCUUGGCUUGUCUUUAGAGCAGAAGACCACAGGCAUGAAGCAGAGGGACAAGAAGGUGGUCGCCAAGACGUUCCACGGUGCCGGCAUCGUUGUUCCUGUAGACAAGAAUGAUGUAGGAUACAGAGAAUUACCAGAAACAGAUGCUGGUCUCAAGAAGAUCUGUAAAGCCAUUGCUGAAGCACAGAAUGAUGAAGAGCGGGUCAAAGCCUUUGGACCUCUCCAGGAGAUGAUCACGUUUGUUCAGUUUGCCAAUGAUGAGUGUGACUACGGGAUGGGUUAUGAGCUAGGAAUUGACCUAUUCUGUUACGGAUCCCAUUACUUCCACAAGGUUGUCAAGCAACUUCUGCCCAUGGCCUACAGCUUGCUGAAUAGAAAUUUGUUUGGAGAAAUUCUGGAGACCCACCUCUCCAACCGCAGCCAUGAUGACCUAGACCAACUCUCUACGCAUUAAAAUUAUUGACGUUCAUUCCAGUUCCAGCUCCUAUAAGCUUUCUCCACCAUGUCCUUGACUUUUGUUGUUUGCUCUGUUGUUGAUGUUUCUUGGUGGUUUCGGUGCUGCUGUUAUUGAUUGGAACCAGUUCAAUGAUAACUUGUUUGUAAAAGUUAGAUGUCUAAUAAAGUAUUUUUAUAUUUUUACCCGUUUUUAUAUCCAAUGUGACACC